CUCAGUUGUUCAUUGUGAGGGUAUUUGAUAAAUGAGUUGAGGGCACAGCUGUGGUUGCAUUUGCAGAGAUGAAAAUUGCACUUGUGAAAACAUUGUGUCGUUAUGUGGCUAGUUGGACUGAUUCGACAAACUCUUCACAGCCUGAUGACAUUCUGAAUCCUGAAACGCCAAAUCGAAAUAUCCUGAGCCCUAUCACCCCAAAGCUUAACAUCACUGAUCGCUGCUACUGUGUCAUUGGUUCUACCCCCAGAUCAACUCAGGAGAGGAGGAAAGGAAGAUCCCAUCGGAGCAAAAUCUCAAAAUCUGACAUUGGAACUCCCUGUAACUUCCAGCAUGUUGGCCAUGUGGCUUGGAACCCUGAAACUGGACUUGAUGUGUCUGGUCCAGGUUUGGAGGUGUUCCGAGAGGUGGGAAUAAGUGACGCCCAUCUGGAGGGUGAUGAAACCCCAAGGCGGAAACUCACUGUUCCAAGGGACAAAGGAAUUCCUCCUGUGAGGGAUGAAACAAAACAAAAAGCAGAUCCUUCACAACCUAUUUUCAGAGCCAGCUGUAUGCUGAUCCCUCCUGGGGAUGGAACAGAUCCUCUUACCCUUCCUGCUCAAACAAGAGGCCAACAAGCCUGCACUACAUCUAGGGAACUCAGUCCCUCUCAACAGCAGCCUGGAGCUCCUGUUGAACUCCAUCGGGAUGUUGGAGGCUUGUCUCCUUCACCCCUAGCAUUAACCUUCACCUACUCCUUCUGUGCCCCAGUUGCCCCACCCCCUCCACCUCCUGUAUUUCACUGUGCUGCCUCACUCCCUUUCUCUCCACCUCCAUCAAACAAUCCUCUGCCUGAAGACAACAUACAGAGCUCUCUCCUAAAUCCAAUGGAAACAGGGCAGUCUCAGGGAGCUGUCAAUGAUUGGAGCCUGCUGCUGAAUCAGAUACGACAAGGAUGUGUUUUAAAGCCGGUAACUGACUGUGUGGAUCCCAAACCCAUCCCUGCUGCUGAGCCUGAUGGGAUUGCCAGCGCCCUUAUGAAAGUCUUGCAGAAGAGAAAUCGUGUAAUUCAUUCUUCAAAUGAUUUUGAAGAUGAUGACGAUGAUGAUGAAUGGGAUGAUUAAAUUCUUCACCUUCAAGUUGAGAUCAUUUUGGAAUCAGCACCAUCCUAGAAAUGUCAUCAUUUCUUAAUCGGUCCAGUUUUAUUUGCGGGUUUUAUGCAUUUCCUAGUGGUUGUUUUGUUUCAUAUUUCUAAUAAACCUCUUGAUCUGCCCUAUGCUAAGGCUGAAGAACAUGUUUGAACAGGAUAUAUUCAAAAGUUGAGGGGUGGUUUUUUAAAAACAAGAAAUUUUCUCAUCUGAAUUGUGAAACUUUAAUCUGUCACUGAACAUCCUUAUAGCAAAUUGUGCUCACUUGGAGCACUCCUCUAUACUUAAUCAAACACUGUAUUGGGCUUGUCUUGGAGACAUUUCUGGAUUUUUGAACUGUAUCGUGUGACCUUGCAUGCACUUUAAGUUCCUACUCUUAAGACCAGGAACAAAUUAUUCUGUUUGUUUGAAUGUAUUUUUUGUAAAUAAAGUCCUUAUGAAUCUGAA